AUGGCUGCGUCGGUGCUGGAACCGCUCUAUGGUCUGGCCAACCUGGUUGAUAUUCUGGGUGCAAUCGAGGAUCAUGAGGAAUUUGAGGUUCUGGACUCAGGCGCUCUUCUUCGACAGGUGGCACUUGUGGCCGGAAUGUGGGAUGUGGCGGAUGACGAUCAUGCUCCCGGGGCUGCUGAUAAUCUAUGUGGUGAGGUGGUGCACUCGGCUGAAUUUGAGAUGGUGGGUGCUGUUCUGGUCGGUGGUAGGUCCGUUGUGGCUCAGCUCGGUAAUCAGGAUGUGGUUCUGACACCGGCGGACCAUAUCUUGGAUAGUGUAAUGGCUCUUCCGGUCGGUCUUCAGGGGACGGAGGGGACGGAGGUCGGUGUUCUGGCUGUGGUGGCGGGUAGUCUGGAUAGUAUGGUGGUUGUUCCGGUCGGUCUUCGGGGAGUGGGGGUCGGUGCUCCAGCUGCGGUGGCCGGUAGUCUGGGUGGUGUGAUGGCUGUUCCGGUCGGUCUUCAGGAGAUGGAGGUCGGUGCUCCGGCUGUGGUGGCCGAUAGUCUGGACGGUGUGGUGGUUGUUCUGAGGAUGGGAGUCGGUGCUCCGGUUGUGGUGGUCGAUAGUCUGGACGGUGUGGUGGUUGUUCUGGUCGGUCUUCAG